GUGGUUUUGGACCACGACGGAUUUGUCGCCAUUUCUUUUCGUCUCUCUUUUUCUGUAUCCUAUUUCAUCUUUAGCACAUUGGCUUUGCAAGCAAAAAGGAGAAUGGAGCAAACAAAUAACUCUCGGAGAAAGUUAGACCUGCCUACUCUUGUUCCGGAAAAUAUGCCUUAUCUGGGGGUUGUCAAAUCCUGGUUACAUGUGUCACAAAUUAUCGUGACCGUUCUGACAAUCGCUGUAAUUGCCCCUGUCAUUGCCAUCGAACGUCGUUUUUAUGAUGCAAGUCAAGGCGCCCCGAAUUAUACGAUUUUUGUUUGCAUCUUCAGCUUUUUUAUACCCAUUUUCCUUUUGUUCUUUCCUUGGAUGUAUGAUCGAAAAAGCAAAUGCAAACGCACUGGAAAAUUCUUCCUAAAACCACGUACAAACCUUAUUCUCACUGGCAUUUGUUCCUUACUGUGGGCAUUGAGCGGCAUUGGUAUGACCGUGCAUGCCACUGAUAAUUCAAAUUGCGUACAUGACGGGUCGCUGGAACAAGACGACGGCAGCUAUUCUGGAGCUUGGAACGCACAAUGCGGCUGUAGCAAAGCAGCGGCAGUUUUCUGCUGGACUGGAUGUCUCGCAUGGCUGGCCACAUUAAUUUGCAGUGUUAUCAUUUCUUGGAACGAGAGGCAACUUGCACGGCAAAGCUUGAAACAAUACAACGAAAACAAGCAAGAUGUGAUUUGCUUGGAAGAAGAAAAAGCGCUGGAUGAAGCAGCAGAACCUCAAGUACCCUUUGCUUCAUCACUGGAUCAAAGAAAUCCAUGGCCAUUGCCCUCAACCCAGGAUUUCACUUCCUCGACUAUCCCUGUGCCCUCUACCAUGCAUCAUCCACAUAUGCAUCAUCACCCUAAUGGGGUAACAUACGAGGCCGCUUAUAACUAUCCUUCUUCACAAGCAACAACCAAUUUUCCGCAAUACACCUCAGUGCCUAUGGUUGCACGGUACCAAUCACCCGCGCCUAAUAUCCAUUACGAACAGCAUCAUAUGUGAAACAAUCGUUAAUAUGAACAAAUAAAACCAUUUUUAUCUUGGCUUAAUAGUAUCAUCACUACUACAAAAGGAAGAAAACAAUACAAG